AUGUUCCACCCAUCGUCACGUGGUCAGGAUUGUUGUAGACCGGGUUCCUUACAGAGCUGCUUCGACGCCGCGCAGUUCAACUGGGACUUGCAGCUUUAGUUUUGUAUCCCUGGCUUGCUGUGCUUCACUUGUCAGUUUGCUGUGGAUUUUGAACGUGUGGUUGACUGGAGGGAAUCAAUUCGCACCAGCGAGGAGAGUUACUGCAACGCGAUAAAUAUUUGCUCUCUUGUUGCUCAGGAUGGCUCGCAUCACAUUUGAGGAUCUCGCCGCCAUGGAUGAUGAACUUCUGGAUGAAAAUGUCGCAGAGGAUAAUCCUGAACCAAUGAACGAGGAGGAAGAGGAGAGGCUGUUGGCUCAUUGGCAGGCGGUAGCCAGCACACACCAUGUGGUCGUUCCACAAGAAAUGGCAGCACCGAUUCAGCAAAUGGCAAGACAGACUCAAGAGCGACAACCAGUGCCCUUUGUCCCACUAUCUUGUCAUGAAAAGAACAAGGAAAUUUUGUAUGAGGAGAGAGUGUACCCAGCUGGGAAAUGGGCAUAUGUCAUCAAGGGUGAAGACUUGUACGAGCAGAGCAUUUCCAUGGCGUUCAUGAAACUGAUGCGUUACAUCUGCAAUGAAAACUCUGCAGGUUGCUACUUAGGUAUGACCGUGCCUAUUCUUAAUGAGAUCCAGAUGGCAAAGGAUGAGAAAAGCUUUGUCCGGGACGUCCUGACGGCAUAUUACUUACCGGCAGAGUUCCAGGACAAACCGCCUGAGCCCACCGACCCAGAUAUUCAGAUCGUACAGAGGGAGACCGUCCGAGUCAUCACCAGGGUAUUUUAUGGUACGACCACAGAGGAGACUAUAAUGCGACAGAUCAGUUUGCUGUGGGAGUUGCUGGGAUCCACAGACGACUUCCUCAGAGAAACCUACAUGGUGGCCGUGUAUGAAAACCCGGGAGUUCCGCGCAGGAGGAAUGAGAUCUGGUUCAUCCGCCGUGAGCCAUAAGCACUCUGACCCUUUGGUCUCUGGCAGCACAGCAUGCACAGCAUAGGUCAACCCACCUCCCUCCCGUCUGUAUCGGAUUGUAAAUACCAUGACUUCUAUUAACUGUUUCUAUAGUUACAACAAUAGAGAAUUACCCUGUUGUUGUUUUUUUGCAGUGUGCUCCAGCUGUCCUUCAAAGCUUGACAUCCAUCUUGAGUUUCUGAGUGUUUCCACUUUCUUAAGUGUCCUGUUAAUUCUCUACCGAGUACUGCACAGUCAAGAUUUUACUGCAUAUGGUGGGUUGUGAUAAGGGCAGCAUGGUUGACUUUAGCCCUUUGUGUCUGUACACUGGCCAGUCCGAACGUGUGUGGGUGCAUUGUCAGGCUGCUACACUGCUUUACAUGCGUGCCUCAGCAUUUUCCCAUGAGCUCUAUCCACAUUUUUCAAUCUACAGUAAAUAAAUGUCAUUAUUUUUAAAACCAUACAGAGCUCUACACCUUUAUGUUAACUUAACAACAGACACUAACUUUUCAAUCAAAGAAUUUGAAGCCAAAGGGAUUCAUUAACAGGUAUUUUGAGAGACAUGCCUGAGCUUGUUACCUGGACUAUAUUAAAAAAAAAACUAAAAAAAAAAACUCAAGGAGUAUGUUAGAAAUGUUUUGUAAAAGACUGUUUAUUGUAAAUUAAAUUACAUUUACAAAAUCUUUUUGAACUGUUUUAAAAAAGUUUAGAAGUUUAUUCUAAUUUGUUUUUCUAAUCAAUACACCGUUUAACCUAAAAUAAUGUUUAUAAACACCCUUCAAAAAGCAGACCUUGAAAAAACAUUCCUUAAACAGUCCCUGAAGUUUUGUGAACAGGGCCCACUGUAUGUUAUAAAAAGUUUACAACAGUAAAAGCAGAGAAAAGUAAUAAAGCAUGGUAAAGCAUAGGUAAGCAUUGUAAAGUAUAUUAAUAAAAAUGGCAUAGUUAUAACCAUUGUAAAAAAAUGUAUUAUAAAACUGCAAAAGUACAGUGGUAUACUUUUGCAAGGAUAACGUUGACUAUAAAAUCCAAGGUACGUUCAAUGCCUUUCAUAUUUCUUGCAGUGGUGAAUGGUCAGCAACUGUUCCUUAUAUCACUUUGAACAAUAAGUAGCCAAUCUUAAAUUUGUAUUUUAAAGAUGUUUUUUAGAUUUCCAGUCUGCUAUUUCACCUGCUAAUCAUGUCCUGUCAGGUGAUUUUUGGACAGUGUUGUUUCUAGCAAUUUGCAACUUUUAAUCAUUUUAAAACCAGCUUUAUAAAUAAAAUAGUGCAAACUAUAAACCGGAGGAAAAGGUAACCCUAAAUCUGCCCCUACACCUUUUCAGCCAAACAAUCAUGCAAUCCUCAAAUACAUGUACCAGAGUCAGUGCUGGACCCUACGCUGAGUGAAGCCUUUGGAUAUUUAAAACAGACAAUGAAGCUGUGGUCAUUUUAGUGUUACUGAGCUGCCGUCGUUUUAUUAAAAUGUCAUGUCUGUAGAUUUAAAAUCAACUGUCAUUUUUGAAAUGCCUUCAUUUGCACGAAGUAGAACUUGACACUCGGUACUUUUAAGCCUAUUUACUUUUAUUUUUAAUGCAAUAUCAAUAUCAAAACUGUACAGUUAAGUUUUGAAAAUGCAGUAUUAAAGCAGGAUAAAUUCACUGAGAUGAAGCAUCCAGAGAGGCUCUGCACACAUUUUUAGGGGUGAGGGUUUUGAUGUCAAGGGAGGGGUGUAACCGGGAUUGAGUCACUAGUAUUCAGAGCAGGCAAAACCUUGUGUUAGUGGCUCAUGUACAUUGCCUAAUUGUCUUGUGAUAUUUUUUUUUAGUGACAGCCACAUUAUUAUUAUUUGUUUAUUUAGCAGACACCUUUAUCCAAGGCGACUUACAGCUGCCAGGAUGUAUGAACUAUGCAUUAACUGCAGAGUCACGUACAACGUCUCACCUGCAAGACAGAGCACAAGGAGGUUAAGUGACUUGCUCAGGGUCAGUGAGUGAGCUGGGAUUUGAACCGGGGACCUCCUGAUUAAGAGCCCUUUUCUUUAACCACUGGACCACAAAGCCUUUUCCAGUCCUAGCUACCAUUCAGUGUGUUUUCUCUGUGUACCGUAUUUUAUUUUAGUAUACAUGGAGCUUGGGGUAUAGGCUAAGUCAGUGCUGCCCAAACACGGUCCUGGAGAGCCCCUAUGCAGUAAGUUUUGUAGGUCACCCUAAAUCGCUAAUUUAUAAAGACUGGGAACACAUGGAAGUUAUUGAUCAAUUAAGCAAAUAACUUGUUCAAUUAAGGGAACUCUGGUCAUUGGGCCAGUUUACAUGCUGGGAAAAUGACAUGACUUGUUUACUGUCAUGACUUAUUUAAGGUGGUACGGUCUGGAUUAGAGUUUUAGUUAGUUUUGGUUUAUGUUUAGUUUAUGUUUGAAUACAAAUGUAAUACAUUAAAUAAAAAUCAAAUACAACAUGAAGUUUCAAAGCAGGAAUUGUUAAAUUAAACAAACCAAAACUAUCUAAAAUUAUAAUUCAGCUGUACCACCUUAAAUAAGUCAUGACAGGAGACAGAGAAGUCAUUACAUUUUCCCCAGCAUGUAAUCCAGGCCAUUGAGGGCUGAAAAGAGUAGUUCAUUUUUUGUACCAAAUGAUCUCUAAAUUGCUUCAUUUAAUAAAUCACCUGCUUAAUUGAUCACAAUGAAAUCGUUCCAGGUGUUAAGAAAUUGAUGAUUAAAGGUUACCUAUAAAACCUGAUGGAUAGGGGCUCUCCAGGACCAGGUUUGGGCAGCACUGGCCUAAGUUGUUAGAUGCAUUAAAAUACACAUGGUAUAACAUCACUUUGUAGUACUACUGUAUUCAUCUUAUUAUUAAGGGAACUAUCAUAGGGGGUAUAUAUAUAUAUAUAUAUAUAUAUAUAUAUAUAUAUAUAUAUAUAUAUAUAUAUAUAUAUAUAUAUAUAUAUAUAUAUAUAUAUUGAGGACCAAACUAAUAUUUCCAUUUUAAACUUUUGGAAGUCUUUGCGUGAAUGAAAAGGAAAAAAAAAACACCUUGCACUAAAAGUACUCAAAAUAACUAAACAGACCUCAGUGAAGUAAUCAUGAAAAUCUUUAUUGACAAUCAGUAUCUUCAGGAUGUUUUUGUGUUAAUAUUGUGUUUGAAAGUUGAAUGUCUUGUGUUUUAAAGUUGCCCUGUGGAAUAAACAAGGUGCUGCUUGAACAGUUUCUUAAGAUGUGUUUUCACUUACCUGUAUCUUGCAUUUCUAGCAGGCAUGCCUAUGGGAGUGGUUCAGUGCACAUUUCCAGCUAGAUGAACUCCUCCUGUCUAUAGAUAGCACGCGAUAGUAAUCAAAACCUGCUGGGCAAGAGCUACAGCUAGAGGCUCAUUUGCAUUAUAAUGCUAUGGGUUGUGUCAAUGUAUUCUCAUAUGAAUGUGGUAAAUAAAGUAGAUUUCAUUCAGUCAA